AUGAGUUCGUAUUCAUCUUUGCUUACUUUACUCCCAUUCUCAUCUUUGCCUUGCAACGAAUGCUUCCAGCCAGACGAUCCUGCUCUCUUGCAUACAGCUCGCCUUCUUGGUAUUGUGGAACCGCCUCCUCUGCAGCUCGUCAAGCCGAGGUCACUCGACUCCAAUCUUCGGAGACUCUCGCCUCAAGGAUUGGCAAAACUUGCGCGCCAUCUCUGCAUGCGGGUUAUUUGUCCUGGCAGUGGAGUAGGGUGCUCUGAAGCAGUCUCUAAGCCACUAGUCAUGGCAGAAGCUUCGACCGGUCGGGAUGCUUUGGCAAAAGCAAUUUAUGGACAGCUAUUUGCUUGGAUGGUAAAAAGGUCAAAUAAAGCGUUAAGCGGAAACAUUGCAUCUGACAAAGAGGCCAAUGCGCCUGGAGCUAGUGGAACAAACAUCGUCUAUCCUGACUCUUGCGAGCAGCAAUAG